GUUGUGAAAUUUUUACUUGAUUCGAGUUUACACAUUUUACCAAAUUUUCUAGCAAAUACAUAAAUUGCAAAAAAAUUCGUAUUAGAUUUCGAAUUGCAGUAUCGACCUUAGAGUAUCAGUUUAUAAACAUGGAGGCCAAUAAACAAGAGUAUAUUUUCGAUAUAGUUAUGGUCAAGUCGAGUAUAGCACGAAGAUCCGAAGAGAACUCACCCGUCUAUAGUGUGCGUCUAUAUAAAGACUUUGUGGAUCUCACCUACGAUCGCCUAUAUGCCGAAGAGUUUCCCGAAGGGCAGCCCCUGGGCCACUUUGUUGCCAGUCCCUGCGAGCUCAUCAGCCAGCUUACCCACAAGGGUAUUUGCGUUGCGCUCUAUGACAACAACAAAAUGCUGGGAAGUGCCACCUGCAGCUUCUCGACGGGAGUGCUGCGUCAGCUUACCGAGUCCACCUUUGAGAUUAUCGAUGAGCUGCCCAUACAGUUGAUGAACAGAAAGACAGCAGUGGCGCAAAUUGCUUUAAAAUUCAAAAUAACUACCACUGAUCCAAAUCUCGACUCUCGCCUGCUGCCCUUUGGCUGCUAUGAUAUCUGCAAGCCAGCGGACAGCUCCGUUAAUCCACGUGAUCUUAUCUUUACGCUGGGCAGAUCACGCAAAUGUGGCGGCACUUCUUGCAUCACUGAUGAGCGUCUCAUGUCGCAUGCGGGCGCGCCCUUUAAGUGCGUCCAUGGCAAGACCAAAGAGAGCAACAAGGAGUGCAGCUGUGGUGUCAAAGGCGCCAAGGUGCCGCCAGAGCUCGAUCCCAGCAAGGAGCGUGAGCGCAAGCAGCUCAAGAAGCUGCUGGCGGAUCUGAAAGUAGACGAGCCACGCGUGCCUACGCCUCCACCUGGACAUGCAGCAUCGAAACGCCAUCGCCAGCGCAAGUCCAGCGACGAGAGUGUUGCCUCUGAAGACUCUGCGCAAUUCUACUCGCUGUCCUCCUCGAACAGCGAGCAGGCCAUUGAUUUGGAUGUGGGAUUAACGCCAGAGCAAAUGCAAGAGCUGCAGCAGGCACGUAAGCGCGCCUUGGGCAUCUGUCCCGAUAUAAAGCCGCCAGAGCUACUCACCAGCAAGUACAAACCACCACUGCUGUGUCCUGUAUGCAAAGCCAACAUCACCUGGCUGCCCAAGGUAGCCGCUUGUCCCUACUGCGGUCACAAGCACUUUGCCAUGGACAAGCCCAGCGAGGAGGAGUUCGACGAGUGUCAGACCGCCGAGCAAGUGCUGCGCGAUCAUUUUCUAGGCGACGCGGGCAGCAGCCAGCGUGUGUCCAAAAGCAGCGGUGGUGAUGGCAACAAAAAGAACUGCGAGUGCACUCAGAAUCGCAUCUGCACGCGUUGCCGCAUACGUCAGCUCUGCCAGCAGAUGUUCCAGCAGAGCGACGACAACAAACAGAAGCCGGAGCAGCUGCAAACGCAGACGGCGGCGGCGAAGCAGGAGCCGCAGCAGCAGCAGAAGGAACAGCCAGCAGGCAAGCCACUGAAGAAGGAAGCAUCCUCAGCUACGCUGCGUCGCAAGAAGCUCAUCAAAAUCUUUGAUGAAAUGGCCAAGGCAUAUGGCAGCAAGGCGAGCACUGCCGAGCAGCUGCUGCAGAACUGCGAGGCCGAGUGCCAACAGUUUAAGCGCAAAGCCAAAACACCACGUGGACGUCGACGCGUUGCCUGCGCGCUCAAGCAAGUGGAGCGGGAACUAGCGAGCAAGUAUCCGGUGAAGAAGCGCAAGCGCGCAGCCAAGAGCCACAAGCCAAAGCGACGCUCCACGCGCUAUACUUUCCUGGUGCGCAGCUCUGAAGUUGAGCGUCCGCGCUUUAGUCAUACGAGCUGUGCCGGCGACAACGGACGCAUACCCUGCCACAUGGGCUGGAUGUGGACUAAGAGCGAGCUGGCGCGCUAUCGCGACUGGAAGCCCGGUGCAAUAUCCAAGACCAUACGCUCGCUUAUGGCAUACUUCCUACGAGAUUAUCCUCUAGAUCGCAUACCGCUGUCCCGCUAUCAUUAUCGCAAGCGGCUGAUCAGCCUGGAGCCGCCGGAGGAGCCACUGGUGCAGCAUCCGACGCUGCAUAUAACACGCAGGCAUGAUGAGUAUGUAAUCACAUUGCGUCCGCUGAAGGAUCCCAAGACGCUGGCCGUGUGUGCCAAUCCCUAUGCGGAAAUGAAGCCGGUGGUGUUUCGCAUAGUCAAGGAUCCCAUAGCGGCGGGCAAGCGAGCGCUCAAGCUGAAGCUCAUGGAGAAGGGCUAUCCUGUCUGUACCUGCAAGCUGCCAGUCAAUGAUUGCUUCUGCCGCAGCGUGGUGGACAAGAAGGUAAUGCAGCAAGAAGUGCAGGGCAUGUGUUUGGAUCGCGGCUGGCCGAACAUGAACGAUACGUUUGUCUACUCCGAUCUCAGCGAGGAUGACAGCGACAAUGAGUUUGAGUUUGGAGUGACUCCACCAGCGGGCAUUAUAAAGCCAGAGCGACUGCGUCACCCCGAUCGCAUAAACAGCGAGACGCAAUAUGAAGUUAAUGAUUGGGCCAUGCCCACAAUGUAUCCGCAUCCGCCUAAUCCGCAUGUCCAGUACGCUGGCUGUGUCGUGGGUGAGCGCAAGGCCAAGUUCAGCUGGAUUAUGGGCAAGGGCAAUGUUCACGCACCUGCGAAGCCCGCCAAGAAGAUGAAUAUUUCCAAAAAGCGACAAAAGGGUGGCCAGGAGCAGCUGCUGCCCGCAAAGCGCAUCUGGCAUAAAUCUUCAGACUAUGGAACAAAAGCUUUCUUUUAAUUGCUUUACAGCCAAAAGACAUGAAAAAAAAUCUACAAAAAAUUCAAGUUAAAUUGGAAAAACUCAAAAAUUAUUAUUUAUAGUUUUAAGUCCAUUGUAGAGCUUGCAGGCAUGAGAUUUUAGUUAAUUUAAAAUCAGCUUAUGUACGUAGAAAAUAAAUCAAGUAUACG